AUGAGAGACUCAGAAACUGUGGAAGAAUUCUACAAUCACACAAUUCUGAUACUCAAUCAACUAAGGUUGAAUGGCGAAAGUAUAGAAGAUAAAAAGGUAGAAGAGAAUAUCCUUAGAAGCCUUGCAAGGAAAUUCGAAUACAUAGUAGUAGCAAUCAAGGAAUCUAAGGAUUUAGACUUCAUGUCACUCGAAAAUCUGCUUGGAAUCCUACAAUCACAUGAAUUAAGGAUGAGACAGUUCGAUAUCUCACCGUUUGAACAAGCCUUCCAAUUACAUUCAGCAGAUGGACAAGAAAGGGGAAAAACAUUCGACAUAAAUCAACAGCAUGAUAACAAAGAAAGGUUCAAGGGAAGAAACACAACACCAGUCAAAUGUCGAUACUGCCAAAAAUUUGGCCAUAUUGCCAAAUAUAGCAGAAAACGAAUUGCAGAAGAAAGAGGAUCUACCUUUUUAAAUAUAGAAGCCAAUAAUGAAGACGACUCAAUGUUCAUGAUACUCAACACCCAAGAAGUAUCAACAGUUGAUACUUGGUAUAUAGACAGUGGGUGUAGUAACCAUAUGACAAACAAUAAAGGACUCUUUACUCAAUUGGAUGAAACUCAGAAACGAGAAGUAAGAACAGGAGAUGAUAAGAGACUAAUUGUUCAAGGGAUUGGAGAGAUCUCGAUUGACACCAAGUUAGGACACAAAAAAAUAUCAAAUGUCUACUUUGUUCCUAAUUUAAAGCACAGUCUGCUUAGUGUGGGACAGCUUCUUCAAAGGAGGUAUGAUGUUCAUUUCAGAAACAACACUUGUGAAAUAAGAGAUCCAAAUGGGAUUCUACUGGCGAGGGUCAAUAUGACCACAAAUAAGAUGUUUUCUCUCAAUUUCAAAGGGGACACCUUAUUCUCGUUUAACAUGUCUACCAAACAGAACUCUCUUUUUGGCAUCUAA